UCAAGUCUCAAUUCUCAUCCCACACACUCCCACCUCUCUCUCUCUCUCUCUCUCUCUCUCAAAAGCACACACACAAGCGCACAAUGUUCAUAGACUAAUUUUCUUCUUCAGAAGAGUUUUGGUGGGCACAAGUCACAGAACCCAUGAUGGACCCAGCACCAAAGAUCCCAUCUUCAGCAUACAAAAGCAGACUCCCUCAACACAACGGUCUGUGGGGCGCUCAAAUUUACGAGGACCAUCACCCGGGCCGCCACCCACGCUGGCUCCAACCGACGACCUGCUUCCAAACUGAGAACGAGGAGGCGGCCGCCGCUACAACAGCAGCAGCAGCAGCAGCGGAGAUGUUCCGGGAGCCUCAUGCCACCCUCAAUUUCCACCCAUACCAGGAGGACACCAAUCGCUACGACGAAGAUGACCCAGAUGAACAAAUCGUAGAAGAAAGAGACAACAUUGAGGUGGGUUACCGAGACGAUGGUCAAGAAGAACAAGGGGCGCCAGAAGAGGAAGAAGAAGAGACAGAACACAUGUUCGAGAAGCCGUUGACGCCGAGCGAUGUGGGAAAGCUGAACCGCUUGGUUAUACCAAAACAACACGCGGAGCGAUACUUCCCACUCGGCGGCGGCGUCGGUGGUGAGUCGGGUGGGGAGAAGGGGUUGUUGCUGAAUUUCGAGGACGAGUCAGGGAAGGCAUGGAGGUUCCGAUAUUCGUAUUGGAAUAGUAGUCAAAGCUACGUGUUGACUAAAGGGUGGAGCCGCUUCGUCAAAGAGAAGCGCCUCGACGCCGGCGAUGUGGUAUUGUUCGAGAGGCAUAGAGUUAACGCGGAGAGGUUCUAUAUUCGGUGGAGGCGUCGUGCCGCUCCCGUACAAGAUAGCCGAGCCUUACCUCUACCACUACCACCACAGCACGAGGGCCCCUCCGUCAUGGGCGCGUGGACCCGGGUCCUCUACUCAGGACCUGCACCUCCACUCCCUCCUCCACCUCCUUAUCAUCAACAACAUUAUCACUAUCCAUCCCACUUUCAUGGUCAUGGUCAUGGUCAUGGAUCUCCUUCUCCUAUGCUCUAUCAAGCCGACUUUCUUCAUGCAGACAUAGCAAGAACAAGGCCGCCAAUGGUACAAAACCCGACCGCACCGGGGAACUGGAAGAGACUAAGGCUGUUCGGAGUGAAUCUAGACUGCCAGAUGCUAGACGACGCCCCGCAUCCAUACCCACAACCCAUGCCCGAUGAUGCUUCGUCACCCUCUAGUCACCACCACCACCACCACUUCUACCCUAGUCUUCUUCAACCUCAAGCUCAUAAGGCGGAGGAAGAUAUCAUCAAUUUCCAGGGAGAGAUCAACCAAACCAGAAAUCUUACUUGCCGACCAGAUCUCUCGAUGUGACUGACUGUCGUAGAUGUACAAGAUUUGACCCUUCCCCAACUUUAUCUGCUUUUUUGGAGAAGUGGAGAUAUCAGAAUUGAACACUCACUCAGCUUACUUGUAGUUGUGGAGAAAGAAAGAAGGAAAGAAAAGAGAAAAAUGAAAAGAAGUAGAGAAAUGAGCAAUAAGAUGGAGACCCACAAGAAUCAAGACCCAGAUAAAAGAAGAAACCAGAGAUUAUUUAUCAAGACAGAGAAAGUACCAAAAAAACGUUUUCUUGAUUUUCUUGUGAGGAAUUAAUUGAAUUCUAUUUCCUCUUCUUCAAUCCAUCAGUUUCAUCAUCCAUUCUUAGCUAAGAUUUCUGAAGGCCAAUAUGAAGAAGAAGAAAAGAAAGGAAAACUGGGUCUCAAAGUGGGAUCCAUCCAGGAAGGGAAAGGAAGAAGAGCACGUCAUGCACCGGGAUCUGGGUUCUUUUUUUUUUCGGCUACUGUUGAGAUUUCCCAUGGAGAUUUUCUCUCACACACCACCUCUAGUCUUUUUUCUUUCUUCUUUCUUCAUUGACAUAAUGUAUACGGAUUACGGAAAGCAGAGGAAGAUGAUGAUGAUGAUGAUGAUGAUAAUGAUGUUUCAUGCAUGAAUGAAUAGAUGGUUAACACUGCAA